AUGGUCCCCUCGAUUUCAGAAGAUAACUCCAUUGCUACACCUCGACUGCAGCCGCGUACGCAACUGCACCGAGGUGUGCAUAGUGAGGAAGCACGCCAAGUUGCUUUCACAAUGAUGAUGCUUAGAAGAUCGCUGAGUACGGCGUCAUCACUGAUUGGCAGAGAAUUAUACCAGGGGGAGACGGUUGUUCGCCUUAUCCUCAAAGAUGUCAAACGGCGUAAUGCACUUUCACUUGAAAUGAUUGAAGCGCUAACCAGCGAAAUGGAAGGAGUCAAUACUAUUUCAAAGGUACGGUCGGUUAUCAUCUCUUCCGAGGGCCCUGCAUUUUCAUCGGGACAUGACCUGAAGGAGUUGGUAACCGAAGCCGGGUCCGAUCUGCAUCAGAAAAUUUUUGAUCGUUGUGGGAAUCUUAUGAUGUUAAUACGUCGCAUGGAGAUCCCAGUUAUUGCUGAGGUCCACGGUAUAGCUGCAGCCGCUGGAUGUCAGUUGGUGGCCUCGUGUGAUGUUGUCAUUGCGUCUGACACUUCAAAAUUUGUCGUUCCUGGGCAAAAAGUUGGUCUGUUCUGUUCGACUCCUGGGAUUCCACUGGCUCGGGCCGUUCCACAUAAAAUAGCUCUCUAUAUGUUGCUCACUGGUGAACCUAUUGAUGCCCAAACUGCGCUUAGCUGCGGGCUGGUUUCGCGGAUCGUCCCCGAAAAGGACGUUAAAUUCGAAGCUCUGAAAGUUGCUGAACAAAUUGGUCAACAUAGUCGUUCGGUCACUGCACUCGGCAAAACGUUCUUUUAUUCGCAAACGGAACUAGGAAUCAAUGAUGCAUAUAGAUUUGGUGGGAAAGUAAUGACUGAAAAUCUGAAGUACAAAGAUGCUCAGGAAGGUAUCAAUGCAUUCAUCGAGAAAAGGAAGGCGGAUUUCAAGCAUACGGAUGAAAAAGUUUGA